AUGACCGGCAAAACCACGGCCCCGAAGGGACAUCCAGCCCCGAAGGGACACCCGGCCCCGAAGGGACACCCAGCCUCAAAGGGACACCCGGCACCAAAGGAAGAACCAGCGCCAGCCCCGCCUGCUGAACACGCAUCUGCUGAGCCCCCAGCAGCUGAACACCCAGCAGCUGAACACCCCCCGGCCCCCGAGCACGCCCCUGAGCACCCCUCUGCAGCCCCCGGGGAUGAGGCAGCUGCCACCCCAAAGGCAGAAGGGACUCCAGCCCAUGAAGAGGGUCCUCCAGCUCCUCCAGCUGAACCCCAUCCUCCAGCAGCUGAACCUGAGUCUGAAAAGCCUAAAGCGGAACCUCCCAGUCCCCCCUUGUCCUUGGCUGUGGAAGAAGUGAGUGAAAAUUCAGUUACACUGACCUGGAAAAGCCCGGAGCACACUGGCAGCUCAGCCCUGGAUGGAUACGUGGUGGAAUUCUGCAAAAAUGGAAGCACAGACUGGACCGCUGCGAACCAGGAGCCUUUUCUUUCUGUGCGGUACACCAUCCACAACCUUGCUGCUGGAGAGAAGCUCCACAUCCGUGUGAAGGCGGUGAACGCCAACGGCGCCAGUGUCCCAGCCGCCUUGGAGCAGCCGGUUGUCCUCAGGGAGAUCCUCCAGCGCCCGCGGAUCCGCAUGCCCCGUCACCUGCGGCAGACUUACGUCAGGCGCGUCGGAAAUGCUGUGAACCUGAUGAUCCCUUACCAGGGAAAGCCACAACCCCAGGUGACCUGGACCAAGGACGACCAACCCCUAGACACCAAACGCGUCAACAUCCGCAAUGGGGAGAAGGACACAAUCUUUUUCAUCCGUGAGGCCCAGCGCAAUGACUCUGGCAAAUACCAGCUCACCAUCCGGGUAAAUGGAGCAGAGGACAAAGCCAUCCUGGACAUCCAAGUGAUUGAGCCGCCAGGUCCCCCCCAGAACCUGAAGCUGGUGGAUGUGUGGGGCUUUAAUGUGGCCUUGGAGUGGUCCCCCCCAGCAGACAAUGGCAACUCCGAGAUCAAGGGCUACCUGGUGCAGAAGUCAGACAAGAAGAGCGGGAAAUGGUUCACGGUGCUGGAGCGCUGCACUCGCACCAGCUGCACCAUCUCUGACCUCAUCAUAGGGAAUACCUACUCCUUCCGCGUGUUUGCCGAGAACGCCUGUGGGAUGAGCGAGAAGGCAGCCAUCACCUCCAGCCCGGCCCACAUCCAAAAGACAAAGACCGUUUACCAGCCUCAGAAGAUUCGCCAACGAGACAUGAUGGAGCCUCCAAAGUUCACCCAGCCGCUGACAGACCGAACCACCACCCGGGGCUACAGCACGCACCUCAUCUGCUCUGUCCGGGGCUUCCCCCGGCCCAAAAUCAUCUGGAUGAAAAAUCAGAUGGAAAUACGGGAAGACCCCAAGUACAUAGCAAUGAUUGAGCAGGGCAUCUGCUCCCUGGAAAUCCGCAAGGCCAGCCCUUUUGAUGGGGGUGUCUACACCUGCAAAGCUGUCAACCCCUUGGGGGAAGCCUCAGUAGACUGCAAACUUGAUGUGAAAGAGUGUCGAGGCCAGUCCUGUGCGGAGGUGCCCUGCUUGGUUUACCCCCAGCUCUUCUGGGCCGUGCAGCCCCACCUGAGGACACAAAAGUGCCCAAGUGAUGAUAAUUCAGAGAGRGAGAUGAAGAGUGAGAUGGGCCAUCACGCAGAUGAGAGCAGCAGCUCUCGCGCCCUGAGCCAGCUUUCCAUGGAGCUGCAUCCUUCAUCCUGA